AUGAAAUAUUAUACUCAAACUUCCUCAAAUGAACCAAAAAUUUAUGAUGAUGAACUUUAUCAAUCAAAAUUCAAACUUGGAAUCCCAUUAAAAGAUUCACAUCAUUUACAAUUAUGUUUAUUACCAACUAAUAAACACCCAUCAAAACAACAAAAUAUGAUUAUUAAUUCUGAUUUAAAUGCUUAUACAAGAUCAUUAUUCAAUCCAGAUUAUUCAAUUGAUGAAAAAUUGCAAACAAUUACACAAAUUGUUAAACCAACUAAUGAUUAUGAUAAUUUCUAUGAUGUUAUUCAAUUAAGAGUUCAAAUUACACCUGAAUCAUCAAAAAAUGUUUCAAAUUUACCUAUUUCAAUUAAGAAUUGGAUUAGAUUUGUAUUAAGGGAUGAAUUUCAUAAUGGUUGUAUUACAAUAUAUAAGAAAAAAACAAUUCCAAUGAAUGAUAUUAUUAAUUAUUUAGGCCAAGAACAACAAUUAUAUGGUGGAUUAGAUGAUCAAAGACCUAACGACAGGAUAACUAUAAUAAAAAGAUUAUUAUCCAGAAUUAAUGAAUAUCCAAGUUUUAUAAUAGUUAAUCAAUCAGGUUUAAAAAUUGAAACAAAUUUACGAACUAAACAAUGGUUUCUAAAUCAAUUAACCAAAUUAUCAUCAUGGAUUGAUAUUAAUGUCAAAUUCACAAAACCUUGGGUUCUAACUAGAUUGAUUCCACAAAGUCGUAUAUUAUUAGAAAUAGUUACAAAUGAUGUUUUCAUUUUCACAAAAGGUUAUGAUCAGGGAUUAAAAGUUGAAUUGUUUGAAGAUUUUGAAUUGUUUUUAUCAAGAGGGAUUCAAAGAUUUGAUUAUCAAUUGUGUAAAUAUAUUGAAGAUAUAGCCCUUGGUGAUGAAGAUUAUGGACCGCCUAGUUAUGAAUCAAUUGAACAUGAUGGAAGAUAUUGA